GUGUCGUCUUGAGCCUGAAAAUUAUGACAGUUCUAUAACAGGGAGUUUUCGUAGUGGUGAUCGCGUUACAGUUUAGCCCAACUAUUGUUUGCUCACGCCCAGAUUUCAUUCUUUAAUAAGGAAACGAAAAAUAGAACAGAGUAAUUCUAUUUCGUUCCAAUAAUUAGUCUGCACGAUAAUAUAAAAGGAGGCCAGGAAAACAACAAAAAAUGUCUGCUGGACCAUACAAUUAUUCCUACAUAUUUAAAUACAUAAUUAUUGGUGACAUGGGAGUUGGAAAAUCAUGUUUACUUCAUCAGUUCACUGAGAAGAAAUUUAUGGCUGAUUGUCCCCAUACAAUAGGUGUUGAAUUUGGUACAAGAAUAAUUGAAGUGGCAGGCCAGAAAAUCAAACUUCAAAUUUGGGAUACAGCUGGGCAAGAGCGUUUUCGUGCUGUUACUCGAUCAUAUUAUAGAGGAGCAGCUGGGGCUUUGUUGGUUUAUGACAUAACACGGCGAUCCACAUAUAAUCAUCUCAGCAGUUGGCUAUCAGAUGCCAGAAACUUGACAAACCCCAAUACUGUAAUUUUUUUGAUUGGAAACAAAUCUGACCUAGAAGCCCAACGAGAUGUAACUUACGAAGAAGCGAAACAAUUUGCUGACGAAAACGAGCUACUCUUCAUUGAAGCUAGCGCAAAAACAGGUGAUAAUGUCGAGGACGCCUUUCUCGAGACCGCAAAAAAGAUUUAUCAGAACAUUCAGGAUGGCAGUUUGGAUUUGAAUGCAGCUGAAUCCGGCGUCCAGCAUAAACCGCUUCAGCCUGGAAGAAGUCAACCUCAAAAUCAACCAAAUCCAACAAAAGAAGGUUGCGCGUGCUAAUUCAACCAGUGGAUUAUAAUUUAGCUGUUUGUCCAGCCAAGUGAAGAACUAUGUCCUAUGUAUUACAAAUCUUUCAGAAGUUGGGAGACAAAUGGAUGAGAGAUAUGCUUGGUUCAAGGAAAGUGUUAGUGUAUCAAAUUUGAUGCAUAUUAAACUUUAAUGUUUUCUGGGAUUACGAGAAGAGAAAUAAAAAUUUGAAUCGUU